AUGUUACAACGGAAGCAUCAGGCCAAGAGUAAGAAGGGUUCGCACCUUAGACAGUCAAUAGUGUGCCGGUUGCUGUGCUCUGAUAAUUCAGCUCAUACGCCACCGUUUCCCGUUGUUAGUUUACAGGUCUGGAUGGAAACAAAUAUUCUAGUGGCUCGCUCUUCAAGAGGUCGCCGCCACCAGCGCACGGUGGUUACAACUCGGUCCCCCAAAGUCUCAGUUAUUUAUACCGUGGAUCCUAACCGACACCGUUCAAAGACUGAAAACCGCCGUGCAAAUAAAUGCACCGCCGCGAAACUUUAG